AUGGCAACACAGGCAACUAAGAUGAACCGGGCUCCAUCUUUUUUUUACCUCCCACUGCUCCUUUUGCUUGUUGAUCUCUCAGGUGUGUAUGGGCAGAGGAUCAUCGGUGGUGAUGUGGUACGACCCAACUCCAUCCCGUAUCAGGCCUCCCUGUUGUUCAUGAACCACCACUUCUGUGGAGGCACCCUCAUCAACCGGCAGUGGGUGGUGUCUGCUGCCCACUGCUGGAGACCGAGCAACAUGAUCCAAGUGGUCCUGGGGGAGCACAGCUUCAACACAGAGGAAGGCACUGAGCAGAGGUUCAGCGCCGCCUUAGUCAUUCGGCACUACAUGUACCAACACUGGACGUUUGACAAUGACAUCAUGCUGAUUAAGUUGGACCGUCCAGCUGUCCUAAACUCCUGGGUCGGGCUGGUCUCUUUGCCUGAGCCGGACUCACCGGCCCUGGCCGACCGCGCCCGGUGCAAAGUCAGCGGCUGGGGCGUGACCUCGCUCAACAGCUACAGCCUGUCACCUGAACUGAGGUCUGUGGAUGUGGACAUGUUUAGAAACUGCUGGUACUACUACUACUUCAGGAUCACAGAAAACAUGAUCUGUGCUGGAUCUUACUCCGGGGGGAAAGACUCCUGUCAGGGUGACUCAGGAGGACCUCUGGUUUGUAACGGUAACCUUGAGGGCAUUGUGUCUUGGGGCAUUGGCUGUGCCUAUUCUUACUACCCUGGCGUCUACACCAAGGUCAGUAACUACCUCGGAUGGAUCAACUGGGUCACCCAGAACAGAUAAUAAGACUGUCGAUAACCAGCUUACCUAACUCUACUGUGAUG